UUUAUGGUUCAAAUAGAAGUUAUUAGGAUUUUGUUUUUAAUAUUAUUUCUUGCAUUUGUUGUUGGGUUCAUUCUUACUAUGACUUCUUAUUCACUUAGCAUAGCUAUGACAUUUUUCUUUCUUACAGCAUCUAAGGCUACCAAAUAUAAGGCAACUUUUAAAAGAAAAUGUGAUCCAGAUUGGCAUAAAACAUCUUAUAGAAAGAGUACUCAAGUUUUAUGCAAUGGUGGUGUACCUGCGAUUUUAGCAAUUAUAUACAUUCUAAGCCUCUAUUUGUCAAAGCAAAAUCAAUCUUCGUCACCUUCUACAUAUGACAAAAUUCUAGACAAUAAAUGUAUCAUGUCAUCAUCUUUUUCUAAGACUUUUGAAUCUACAACCCUAAUGCAUUUGACGAUAUCGAUUCUAACAAGUAUAUGUUCUAGUUGUGGGGAUACUUUGGCCUCAGAAUUAGCUCCUAUCACUCAUUUAGGGUCUCCUAUACUUAUAACCACCGGGUACACAGUGCCUAAAGGAACUAACGGUGGGGUCACAAUUAUAGGGCUUAUAUAUAGCUUAUUAGGAGGCCUUUUCGUUGGCGUGGCUUACAUAAUCUCAUCUUUACUACUGGAAUGCAACGAAUCUAUCUCAGGCUCCAACAUAUCCUACUUCACUUUAAACUUAAUUUUGGUCAUUUCAAGUUUUUCUGGCUUGUUGGGUUCGGUUAUUGAUUCCAUCUUGGGAGCCAUUUUUCAAUACUCAGGCUACGAUACUGAAAAAAAAUGUAUAGCCAAGCAAAGCCAUGCGAUGCCAAAAAUUGUAGCGAUCGUCGAUAAUUUCCCUAUUUUUGACAACAAUACAGUUAACUUGCUAUCAUCUUGCCUUAUAACAAUAAUAAUGCCAUAUUUCUUCAAAGCUUUAAUGCCAUAAAACAAUGUUUGUUGAAGAAAUUUAUCUUAACUAUAUUGUAACUAAUUUGUAUGUUAACUUAGGCCAUUAGCAAAUUUAAUAAAACUUAAAUCAUUUAUGUCACUCGUAUAUUUUUUAUUUUGAAAGGCCUGAUUUUUCCGGAAUCCUAUUACAGCAUCUAUUAAAAUUUUA